AUGGACAUCACUGACCGAAUACAGUAUCUGAAAGAGUGUCGCCAUAAGGAGCCUGAACAACUCUGGCGCGGAUUCUCGGACAAAUUUCGACUGACUGUACCAUCCAGCUGGUUCGACGCAAUUGCGAGAAGUCUGGACUCUUUACAGGAGGAUUCGGAAUACACAACCUGGGCAAGAGAAAUGAAGGAGAUGCUUCUAUCAAAGCGCUGCCAGGAUUGGAGAGCACAGUACCUGCAACCAAGACGGUCUCGACUUCAGGGGAUCCUCCAACGGUCAACAGCACAGGAGUCAGCAGGCGCUAUAUUUAAUGCUCAGAGCAUGAUUAGGCAGGCGCGCCAUGUGCUUAGCAGCAGCGUACAAGCUGAACUCGGAGGCUUAAGUACGAUCGAUGCUCCUUUGAUUACAUCAGAAACAAUUGAAAGUGGACAGACAGCAAAAACUGUGUUGAUUCGUGUCAAAGGUCUUACCGGCUCUUUAUCUUGUGGCAAUAGACGAGCCAUCGCCAUCACGAGCUAUGGCGAAUGA